UACUCCUGGACCCGGAUGUGACUUUUCCAUUUUAGUUUGGUUAUGCCCAAGUACAAAGGCAGAUGGCGCGGUAGUGUUUUUGUCCCCACCUUUCCAAGGUGGGAGUUUGUACCUCUGCUCGCGCAGGUGUUACCUCGCUCACGCGCGCGCACGCACGUUUCAGCAAAUUGUCAUGAACUAAAUGCCACGAAAGAUUCGUAAGCUCACCGCGCGGAGCGCCGGUGUGCGAGUGCGACCUGUCGAGACGGAUGAAUGGCGUAUUUAUGUGUUUCAACGCGCAGCUUCGUCUAUGUUCCCAAAUUAUCGCGGCCCGUAUUCACAUCACGAGCGUUCUAAUUUACCAGGUGAUCUGUUUUCAUACGGUAGCUUCGGUCGGCCGGGCCUCGGUGGAGCCGUGUCGCAGAAAUCGCAACAUCACUCGUGCGUAGAUCGGUUGAAUUCAAUCGACUAGAAACGUUUGAAAGGUGUCACGAGGUGCUACGAUCGAAAAUCAGACGUGUGCGAGCCAAUGUCUGACAGAUAGAAUCCACGGACUUUUAUCUUUUCUUCGUAGACAAAUCACUACAUUGGAUGUGUUACAAUGUUUACCAAGAAGAAAAAGAAACCUCAGAUCUCUACGCCAACUAAUUUUGAGCAUAGAGUACACACUGGGUUUGAUAAACGUGAGGGCAAAUUUGUUGGUUUACCAUUGCAAUGGGCUUCGAUAGUGGGCAAUAACCAGAUUUUGAAAUCAACCAAUAGACCGUUACCUUUAGUUGAUCCAAGUGAGAUCACACCUACUGAAAUCCUUGAUUUGAAGACUAUUGUAAGGGGACAUAAUGAUCCUAGGAUAGGUAGACCAUUAGUAAAUGAAAAGACUAUGGAGAAUGGUUUGCCUAAGACCAGUACAGUUGCUCGAUCCAAUUCUCUGCGUUCUUCAAGUCCACCACGGAUGAGGCGAGAUUACAGGCAUAACAGUAAUCUUCCACCAUCCGUUCCUGAAGGCCAAGAGAUACCUUCAAAUGUUAAUCAAGGUUUUGCAAAUUUUGGCAAGCCACACAACUACAUCGAUAAGCUGAGACAGAACUCCCCGAGUGUUGGUAGCGGUCUAAAUUCCAGCAUGCAAAAUAUGAUUCCAAAUCUACAAAAUCUUAAUCCUAACAUGCAAUCGUCGCCAAAUUUAACCCAUUCGGGAUCGAACAUACCAAAUUUAUCUUUAAAUUUCCAAAACUUAAGUCCUAUUGUAAACUCACAAGUUCCAGUACAAAGUCCAACUACUCCGCAACUUCCUGAUUCGGAAUUUCAUAGACUCAAUUCGCAAAUGGUCAUGACAUCGGGUCAAUAUAAUGGCAAUGUACAGGGUUCAACUGUGGAUGCUUCAAGGGAGCAUCAAAUGGGUCAAAAUGUAUUACUACAUAAGCUACAGCCAAAAAUUUCACCAGUCGGUUCAAUAGCGUCGCAACGACCUCUAAGCCAAUUGAGUUCGCAUAAUAUUAAUAAAUAUUCUCAGGCAUAUAACAUGUCUGAAAACCCAUCUAAUCUACAGUCACAUUUAAAGAAGCCAAUGGAAACUUCCCAAUCAAUGCAUAAUUUAUCAAAACCAAACAUACCAUCCACUGUAUCAGGCAGCAGUUCCACCCCAGAUCAAAAUCAAAACAUGAAAAGUGCUGUCUCCUCAGGAAACUUAGCAGUUGGUACAAGUUCAAACAAUGCAAACAAGCAAACGGCGGAACAGAGACUUACACAUGAACAAUUCAGAGCUGCUUUACAGAUGGUGGUAAGCCAAGGUGAUCCAAGAGAAAAUUUGGAAAAUUUCCUAAAGAUUGGCGAAGGUAGCACAGGAACUGUAUGCAUUGCUACAGACAAGAGUACAAAUCGUCAAGUUGCAGUAAAAAAAAUGGAUUUAAGAAAACAGCAAAGACGCGAAUUGCUUUUUAAUGAAGUCGUUAUUAUGAGAGACUAUCAUCAUCCGAAUAUUGUCGAGAUGUAUGAUAGUUUCUUGGUAGAUGACGAAUUAUGGGUUGUUAUGGAAUAUCUAGAAGGUGGUGCAUUAACUGAUAUUGUAACACACUCAAGGAUGGAUGAGAGUCAAAUAGCUACAGUGUGCUCUCAGUGUCUCAAGCCAUUGGCAUAUUUGCACUCGCAAGGUGUUAUACAUAGGGACAUUAAAUCUGACUCGAUAUUACUUACGGCAGAUGGCAGAGUAAAAUUGUCAGAUUUUGGUUUUUGUGCUCAAGUCUCCCAAGAAUUACCAAAGCGAAAAUCUCUCGUAGGAACUCCGUAUUGGAUGAGUCCUGAAGUAAUUUCAAGGUUGCCAUAUGGACCUGAAGUAGAUAUCUGGUCAUUAGGAAUAAUGAUCAUUGAAAUGAUCGAUGGUGAACCACCAUUUUUCAAUGAACCACCUCUGCAAGCUAUGAGACGCAUCAGAGAUAUGCCACCACCAAAAUUAAAAAAUUCUCACAAGGUUAGUCCACGUCUUCAAGGUUUCUUGGAACGAAUGCUCGUACGUGAUCCAGCACAACGAGCUACGGCAGCUGAACUAUUACAACAUCCAUUCCUCAGGCAAGCUCAAAGUCCUAGCAUUUUGAUUCCAUUAAUGAGAGGUGCUAGGCAUACAAAUUGUUAACGAGGCCGUAAUAACUUUGUAAGUUGGAAUAUAUUAGUCAACGCGGAAACUGAUUACAGCAAUAAUCAUAUCGUCAACGAUAUAGACAACUUGUUUACUAACUGUAGCUUUUGGUAGUUUGUGAGUUAAUUAAAGAUGAUCCUCACAGACUAAGAACUUCAAAGUAAAACUUUGCAAUAGACACGAUCGAUUAAAUGACGAUAUUUAUAUAUUAUCAAGUAAUUUAAUUUUACAUAUAUAUGGAGUUACUUUUUUCGCUAUCCAAAUUUAACACAUUUUUGAAAACGGUUUGGUUAGCAGUUAAAGGAAAGAAACUUUUUCCAUAUCUUUUUAUGGAAAAAAAACUAACUCCUGUAAUAUUUUGCAUUUAUAAAAAGUCAUUAAAAAUAUGUGCAGCACUAUACACUGCAAUAUGCAGCCGUAAUACUAUUUGAUGUGACAUAUAGAGUUAAGAUUUUUCCUUCUUUUCAAUCUUUUAAGUAAAUAAUUCAUGUAUUUUUUGUUAUAUACUUUCAUAAGGCAUUGACAAUAUUGGAAAAUAUUGACAAUACUUGCAUUAAUAUUUUCACAACAUUUUUACAAUAUUUUUGAAAAAGAUUUCCUAUUUCCAUUUUCACGUUAUACUAUGCUUAAUGCAGUUACAAAUCAUUGGAACGUUUAUUUCAUUGGCAUCUAUUUUUUUACAGCAUCUAUACUAUUUACUAUUUUUUUAAUUUGUAUUACGAUAUUCAAUAUGUUCUUUGAACUUUCUUUGGUAUUUGUCAAAAUACGGAUGUUUUUCUUUAAUGUUCACAUGAAUGUAUUAUAACUUAAUAUAAUAUCUUGAAGCUUUAAAGCUUUCAGAAAACACAGAAAAGUUUAGUUUUCUGAAUUUACAUAACGGCCCAAUUACUUAAUAGUCUAACGUUAAUAUGAGUGAAUAUGAGCGCGUUAAUAUUAAUGCGAGUAGACAUAUUCUUAAGAAGACUUUGAAAAAUGUUUUGAUUUAAGCCAACUUUAAGUCACUCUCUUCGGUCGUGUCUAAUAUAUACAUAUUGUAAUGUAUAUAUAUAUAUAUAUAAACUUAUAAUUAUGUUCUAGAGAGUAUAGGAGAAUCUUUAAAUCGUGAUAAAUUGUUAUUCAAAUUUUACAUUCCAGUCCGACCUGAGCUUGCAAGUAUUAUUUUUAAAAUGUGUUAUUACAUUCCUGUAUUAUUUUAUGUGUCAUUUUAAUUUUUGAUAUAUCCACGUUUAUGAAAAGGACAUUUAUAAUAUGUGUCAAAAAUAUUCCUCAAGUAUUGGCAUUGCCUGCUUGACUCGUAGUAGUCGCUUUAAUGUUACGAUAAAUAUUUGUUACUUAGGUAUUUAUAAAACAAAUUUACUGGAUCAAGUGCCUUCAUGAUAAGCCUUGUCGCAACAAUUAAUCUCUUGUGUAAAGCAGAAAUAUUAUUUGUUUUGUGUAAAGUGCUCAUACGCAUAAAGCAAUAUCUUCCUCUUAUUAUUAUUUUCUUACUAAAUUUAUAUAGUGAAUCAUAGUUAAGGUAGUUGGUCCGUAAAACCAUCUUUUUAGAGAUUCUUUUAAAUUUUACGUAUUUCCUUGAAGAGUAAGCGUCCUAUUUUUAAUUUUUAUUUCGACUUUUCUCUAAAUUAGAUUUACUUUAAUGAGAAACUUAUAUGGAUAAUGAAGACCAAUUACAUAUAUAUUUAUCAUAUUUAUCAUAAUUACGUCUCGAAUUAACAUUCAUUAGGUAGUUAAAUAAAUGUAUAGAAAAGUAAAAAAUUUCUUGUUCGAUAAAUAGUAAAUUUAUGAGUCUUCUUGAUACCACUACUGAAAAUUCGUCAUUCUUUGUCACGCAGAUUCUGCACGGACGAACUACUUUAAAGUAAUCUAACAUAUUUAAUUUUACUCUUCCGAAUAACAGUGACAUUAUAUUUGCAACAACUUUGAAUUUUUAUACUAUACAUUUGUUUCAUCAAAAAGUAUAAAUACAGAUGUUAAUAGCCAAUCAAGAAAGACUGGAAGAUAUAGUUGACUGUUAUUAAAAUUUAUAAUAACUUGGCAAAAUUAUUACACGGAACAUCCGAAAAGUAAUGUAACAAAUAAUUUUUUUCAUACACAAUUUAUCAUAAAGAUAAGACUUUACGUCACUCACACACAUGUCAUUGUAAAAACUUACUAUUGCGUAACGAAAACGUUUGGAUAGAACUGAAUACAUGAUUGCGAGACAUUCAAGACUAGCAACAUGUAAAGUAUUAUUUUUGUCCAACAAAACUGAGUUGAAAUAGUAAACGCGUUGCAUUGCUUUUAGGAUGCGCUUCGAACAACACAUGUAUUACGAAAAAGAUAUUGAUGUUUGUGAGCUGUCAAUCGUAAUAUGUUAUAAUAUUGUAAUAAAAAUUAAAUGUUAUCGAUCUUCCCGCAUUACACACAGAAAAAUAUACAUACAAUGUUAUAUGUAAAUAUUGCAGAAGUGAUAUAGCUUAUUCGUAACAAUUUCACGUCCAAGUUAUAUAUAGAUGUCCUCUAUUAUUUUGUAACACAAGCUGCCACAGUUGAUAAAAUCAUAUCCGUAAUGAAAAGUAUAUUUUAUUACAAAUGCUAUGGCUCUAUCAACAAUUAUAUCACUUUAUAAUGUUUACUUACAUAAAUUAAUCAUGUGAAUGGACAUUCAAGUGAUAGGAGUGAAAAAUAAUAGAGAUGUGUAUACAGUAAAAGAUACAGUAAGCAAGUUAACGAAAAUAUUUUUAAAAGUAAUUUACAUUAGAUCACAUUAAGUAAAAAUUUUAUUGCGUAGUAUUAUGUUGACGAAUUAAAAAUGUACAACCAAUUACGGCGCGUAAUUAGACUAUUAUUUAAACCAAUACUAUAUAUGAACAGGGUUACGAUACAUCACUUAAGGUAAUCCGAAUGAAUGUGAAAUAUGUUGUAUGGAUAUCCUCGUGGAAGAAUAUUUACAAAAAAACAUGUAAUUUUAAUAAAGAAUCUUAUUUUCUAAAAAAACACAACAUAUCAGCAUAUGUGAAGAUUAAAACUGUAUGUGGAUGAGAAAAUCGUGUGUGAUUCUUUGAUAGUAAUAAAUAUUGUGUAUAUUUAAAA